AGAAACCAUUAACUUGUCGAACAGUCGUAUUGUUGCGUCAUUGCCAUGGUAACAGUAUACCACUUCACUGCAGUUUUCAGUUUUUAGAGUUUUUAGAUCGACUUUGUGUGCUUUUUUCACCCUACGUAGAAAGCAGGACAUUGUGUUAAUGGAGCACAUCGGAAGCAGUUACAAUGGGGCAACAAAAUUUGGCAGGAUGGAAGGUGAAGGAGAGUACACCUUCCCUACAAGUACAAGAUAUGUGGGAGAGAUGAAAGAUGGAAUGUUCCAUGGCAAAGGAGUACUGUACUUUCCAAAUGGAAGUAAAUAUGAGAGCACCUGGGAAAACGGCAUAGCCAAACAGGGGACAUUUACCUUUGCAGAUGGACUGCAGUACCAGGAGAAGGACUGGAACUACUGCGAUGGCUAUGACAGGCGCUUCUACACUGAGAGGUGCAAUGGCCUCAGACCUGCAGGAAAAUCUCAGAUAACAGAUUUACAUCCUCCACGAGCCAUUCCUGAUGGAUGUUAUGACUGUGGAGAUGGUUUUUAUAACCCCAGCACCAGAGUAGUCACAGCCUACACCGGCAGGUUUCUCAGGAGCGCAGAUGACCAGGAGCAUGAGUGGAUUGUGCGGACUUGUCGGAAGGCUUGGGAUGAGGUUUGUGGCGCUGAGCCGGAAAAAUCAGCUGCAGCCAGAUUGGACAAGGCUCCUGCAAUAUUUGUCUCUUCUCCACGCUGACUCCUGGAUGACCUUUGAGUUGGUUCAGGAGACAUCACUGAUGUUAGAUCAGGGGUUGGGAUCGGGAGGUCAGGGGUCAUAAGGGCCAUGUCGGAGAACUAGCGACUGAGGGGGAGCUGAGGCAGCGACAUGGCCUGAUGAGAGAGACUCUGAGAGGUCAGGACAGAGAAGGGAUGACCUGGGGAGCAAAUCAUAAAAAACACACAAGAUUAAAAAAAAAAAAAAAGCA